CACUUUCAAACAGCUCUGCUGCUCUUCCUGUCUUUACAUAUCAAGGUAUUGGGCGAAUAAAACGCCACCUGAACGCUACUGGUGGAAAUACUAACAGUUUUUCACGUUAUAUAAAGAAAGAUGAGCACUGAGCGCGGUCUCGAGGCAGGUGAAUUAAUCGUUGCUCAUGUUGUCCUGGCACGUUUAUAUCGGUUGAUGAUGUUUUAAAAUGGCGCUGGCAGCAUCAGGACAGGGUCGGCAGUGAUGAUGAAGAGGUGAUGGCACACGUCACUUUACCUGCAGCAGGAUCAUGGCAGAAGCAGAACGCACGUCCAAUGGCAGCAACACAAACUGUCACAACAAAGAUGAACACCGCUUGUUUCAUGACAGAUUCACAAGUCUCAUCGUUCAGUCACUCCUCAUUCAACCAGUGUUUGCAGAUUGCCCCAAAGCCUCUCAUUCAAAAACAUCUCAACCAUUGCAAGACCUCAGUCUCUCAGCCACAACAGGUCUCCCUUAGCUAUAGGCCAUUCACUUUCUUUAAUGGCUCAUGUGAUGAUGAUUGCAGUAGCUUGGCCUCUCAGGACUCUGGUAUCCCCACCCUUGAGAUCAACCCUCCUGAGCAUAUACAUGCUCGAGACACAACUGCUGAGCUGGUGGUUCCACAUCCACAAGAUGAUAAUCCUGCUACACUAAACUUGGAUGUCUCAGAUAGCUCCUUACUUAAGUCUUCCACCUUCCCCCAUUGUGACUUUGGCUCAGUGCAUCUCUAUGGUACAAGCAGGCAGAAAAGUGGGGCAGAAAAGAGCACUUUGUACCGUAGUGAUGAUAUUUCAGUCUGCAGCAUGUCCAGUUUAAGUACUGAAUUUUCUGCCACAUUGUUAGUCAGCAAUGAAGACUUCCUAGACUUCAUGAUUACAUCAGAGUCCAGCGCCAUUGUUACAUUUGAGAAUGAAGAUGUCCUGCACCGUUCGGACAUUUCGCUGUCACCCCCCGCCGACCUACACGGCAAGCUGAGCAGCCCACAAUGGCAACCUGUGGGGCUGUCAACAGCACAUGAGGCUAGGAUGAAAAGACUGGGACCACUUGCCAGCUUCCUCCACAGGAGUAAAAAUGACACUGGUGCACCUGAAGGUCAGAGAGAGCCUGGAUGGAAGCUGUUUGGUAAAGUUCCACCUAAAGAAGUUUCACCCAAAGACCCCAGGAAAAUACAAAAGGAAUAUGAAAGGAGUGGACACACAGGCAAUCCCACAUCUCCCAAGAAGAAUGUAAGAAAGAACCUGGACUUUGAGCCACUUUCAACCACAGCACUUAUACUGGAGAACCGCCCUGCAAAUCUUCCAGCAAAGCCAGAAGAAGAGGCUCAGAAACACAGAGAAGAAUAUGAGGAGAUGGUGACUCAGGCCAAGAGGAGAGAGCUGAAAGAGGCCCAGAAACGGAAGAAGCUGCUGGAGGACAGGUGUAAAUUAGAGGAAAGCAUUGGCAAUGCGGCUUUCACCUGGAGUCAAGAAAUACUGCCCAACUGGCAUAGCAUGUGUUCAACUAAGCGGGUGAGGGAUUUGUGGUGGCAGGGUCUACCGCCGAGUGUAAGGGGCAAAGUCUGGAGUGUAGCGAUAGGAAAUGAACUCAACAUCACAGAUGAGCUGUAUAACAUUUGUUUGGCAAGAGCGAAGGAGAAGUGGAAUGCUUUUCUAGCUCCAACGGCUUCUACAGAAACAGAGUGUGAAGAUGCAGGCUUGUUCCAUGCUGAUCGAGAGGCCAGUCUAGAAUUGAUAAAGUUAGACAUUUCCAGAACCUUUCCCAAUCUCUGUAUAUUCCAGCAGGGGGGUCCAUACUAUGAUGUAUUACACAGCAUUCUGGGAGCCUACACCUGUUAUCGUCCUGAUGUGGGAUAUGUACAGGGAAUGUCCUUUAUUGCAGCUGUGUUGAUCCUCAACAUGGACACUGCUGAUGCCUUUAUUGCUUUUGCCAAUUUGUUGAACAAGCCUUGUCAAAUGGCUUUCUACAGAGUAGACCACAGUCUUAUGUUGACAUACUUUGCAGCAUUUGAAGUGUUCUUCGACGAAAACCUACCAAAGCUAUUUGCACAUUUUAAGAAUAACAACAUGUCGUCUGAUAUUUAUUUAAUUGACUGGAUCUUUACUUUGUACAGUAAAUCCCUCCCAUUGGACAUUGCAUGUCGUGUGUGGGAUGUAUUCUGUCGAGAUGGCGAGGAAUUUCUGUUCCGCACAGCACUGGGUAUUCUACGUCUUUACGAGGACAUUCUCGCACACAUGGACUUCAUCCACAUUGCUCAGUUCCUGACACGCCUGCCAGAGUGCAUCUCUGCUGACGAGCUCUUCUCCAGUAUAACAAACAUCAACAUGAACUGCAAGAACAAGAAAUGGACACAAGUUCUUCAGACUUUGCUGAAAGGACAAGAUCGGGGCAGUCCACAACUGAAAUGCUAAGGUUGCAACCUCGCAUUUCAGUUUAAAUACAGAGACAAAGAGACAGCCUCAUGUUCAUGGAUACUCCGGCAUACCUCUGGUAACACAUCAAAGAAUAUCAAGAAUUUGGCAGAUUUGAAAUAACAAAAAUUCCAGUAGCCCCCUGAAUGUGUCCUGUUCCAUGCAAAAUGUUGCUUGGGAAGACAAGUUGAGCACACAGGAACUGUGUCGUACCUGAAACGACACGUCACGUGAAUGUACACUCCAUCAGUAAAUCAGCACUGCUCCGGAAUGGCACAUGUGUUCUGUUGAAUGUGAGUUUGUAAUGCUCAACUCUGUUUUCUGUCUUCUAUUCACACUCACCAUUUAUCUUUCCUUUAUCCUUUUCUUUGCUUCAGCUUAAAGAGAUAGUUCACCCAAAAAUGAAAAUUAUCUCAUCAUUUACUAACCCUCAUGCUAUCCAAGAUGUGUAUGACUUUCUUUCAUCUGCAGAAAAUAAAAAAGAUUUUUAGAAGAAUAUGUCAGCUCUCUAGGUCGUCAUAAUGCAAGCGAAUGGUGACCAAAAAGCACAUCAAGGCAGCAUAAAAGUAAUCAAUAGACUCCAGUGGUUAUAUCCAGAAGUGAUAUGAUAGGUGUGGGUGAGAAACAGAUCAAUAUGUAAGUCCUUUUUCACUAUAAAUUCUCCCUACCCAGUAGGUGGAGAAGCACACAAAGAAUGUGAAUCACAAAAAAACUAAAAUAAUUUUAAAGCAAAAGUGGAGUGGAGAUUGAAAAAGGACUUAAAUGGUGAUCAGUUUCUCACCCACACCUAUCAUAUCACUUGUGAAGAUAUGCAUUUAACCACUGGAGUCACAUGGAUUACAGUUAUGCUGUCUUUAUGUGCUUUUUGGACCUUCAGAGUUCUGGUCACCAUUCACUGAUCUACAGAGCUUAAAUAUUCUGUUUGUGUUCUGUAUCCGGUAUGGCAUGAGGGUGCGUAACUGAUGAGAGAAUUUUCAUUUUUGGGUGAACCAUCCCUUUAAGCUUGCCGUUUAAAUGUAAAGUAAAAGAAAAUGGAAAUGUUUUGUUUUAUAUGAUUUCUUAUCUGUGGUGUAUAUUGUUUUAAUACUUGUGAAAAUAUUAAUUGACUUGAAAUUAGAUUCUUGGUCCUUUUUCUUGACCUCUGGCUGUCCUUUAAAGCUUUAAUUCUUCCCUUGUAGUAUGUUGAAAUUUGGGAGGUUUAUUUUGUGGAACUGGAAUUUAACAAAUCAUUAGAAAGGAUGCAAUGUCAGGAAAUCUCUUGCUUUUUGCACACUUAUUGUAUGUAAGUCUCUUUGAAGCUCAGAUUGAUUCUACAUGUAUCUAAUCUGUCCUUUCUCACAAGUGUCUUUAUUCAGACAUUUGAGCGGAUGCUGAAAUAUACGGAUGUGCUUGUAGUGUUACUGUACUUUCUCACUCCCUCCCCCAUUUCUGUUAUUGAAAUUAAUUGUGCCACUUUAUAACCAAAUGUGCUGAAAUACAAGCAUAAGGAAGCAUAUUAAUAAAGUUUAUAGGAAGACUAGAAUGUGGCUUUAACAUUGUGGUACAAACUGGUUCAGUUCACUUCUCAGUGGCUGAAGUGUUAAAAAGAGAGAAGGGGACACAUAAGCUAGGAGUUCCGUUUAGAGAUGAUUUGGCUCAUCUUGUCUUUAUUUAUGCUUGACAUCUCAUUUUGCAAUUAAUAGCAGAGAAACUAGCCUCUCUGAGUUUUGCAGUAAUCUUUUGACAUUAAACGCUGAAUCAGGUUGAGAAAAAAAAAAUAUUAUUCAAAAUGUAUUAAUUUGCACAAAUACCAUGUACCUUCAUUAGAUGUUGCUAGGUUUAUUUUGUAGGAUUUGUUUUCUGUUUUGUUGUGUUUUUGUGUAAAUAAUACACUUAUUUAUGAGACUGCACUAUAACGGCAAUAACUCAUCUUUUAAGUUCAAAGAAGUGAAUGUAUAAAUUUGAUGUCGAAAUUAUAUUAAUGUUGUGUUUUUUUUUUGUAGUAUCACAUUGUACCUCCAAAUACUUAUUUAUUAUAUUCAUUGGAAUAUUCAUUGCAAGUUAUAGAUUAUAAUUUCUUUGAGGAACAAAGACCUAUUAAUUCGAUCCCCUCAAGAGUGUGUAAAAUCAAAUAAUCGGAUUGAAAGCACUAACUUGCAUACCCUGUAGUGAGUUUAUGUUGUGUUAAGGUGUUAUCAAAGUAAUGUGGUGAGAUUUCACCGCUUUGUGAUCACUGUGAUGGAAGGAAAACCACCCACCACAGUUAUUUGUGGUGGAAACCACACUACUGCAAUAAGCUACUUUGCACAUUUUUCACCUUUUUUGUAGAUUUUCAUGCUCAAUUUUCUGUUCUGUCUGCUGGUUCAUGAUUUGUUUCUUCUUCAGUAGCACAUAGGAACUCAUUAUCUUUUGUUAAUGUUGGAUAUUGGCAUUAUCAUCCAUUUGAUUAUUCAGUGCCCUCAGUUUUAAUGUGUCUGCUCACUUUGAAAUGUCUGCCAGUUUUAUUUUCCCUGUGUCCAGCAAACCUUCGAUGCAAGCAUUUUCAAGUUUAAUUCUUCUUGUUGGGUCUAGAUGUUGUUAUAUUGAUAUGCACCAUUACCAACAAAUAAUCAAAAUGCAUAGGUUUUGCAAGAAGUGUGUCAUAUGUCCAGGGUUGCAGCUAAUCAAAGUAGAUGUCAGUUUCAAAAAAACAAAAAAAAGUAAUGAAGACAAUCUUGAGUGUAAUUGCAGAGUUUGUGUACAAACGCUUCCAAUUUAUGUCAUGAGUACUGAAGUGUGCACAUCAUAAACCUCUAUUUAUAUUGUUCUAUAGGGCAUCCAGGGACAUGACAGGGGAUCUUAUAACAAUGCAGACUAGUAAAUGCUGGCAAUGAAGUACACUAGUGUAUUAUUGUUAGUGUUUUCCCAAACAAUGUCUUUGUGGAAACUGAAGGAACCAAGUGAGAAUUAUUGAGCAUGUGUUGAUGCAGCUUACUCAGUGAGUUAAAUACUGUAAUAAAACAUUGCUUUUGAAGAAUCUAAAGGGUGAUAGGUUUUCAAACAAAUCCAAACAUCUCAGUUAUAUUCCUCUGACCAUCUUCAUUUACUUAUUUGUUUGUCCUUUUUGUCAAAUAAUGCUGCCUUUGUUUGCUUUGGUUGUGUCAAUAUGGAAUUGGAUGGCAUAGAAAUAAAUGACAAUAAAGUUGUAUAUAUU